CCGAGUAAUAACCUUGUGAAAGAGGUUGGAAUAACCUAACCUUGCUCGAUAUUCGUUGGGAGAAGAAGGUGAUAAUCCGACCAAUUCAGCUCUUCGGGUUGUUUGGGCACCAAAAGGUUUAGUGAAGGAAAUGAGCUAAGACAACUGACAAGUAACAUGCACCGUGCUAAAUGAAGUUGUUUUGUUGGAAUCUUAGGAGGUUUAAUGAGUCAAUUUGAUCAAUUGUCUCGUUUUAUAAACGAGGCAAUUAAAACGAGUCAAUUCGAAUUACCUGCCCCCACCCCAGGUAAUUGAAAUUGACUCAAAACAGGUCAAUUCAAAAUACCUCAGGCAGAUUGAUCCAUCCAAAUUUUUUGCUGGCAAACGAGGCAAUUUGGUACAAUUGUCUCAAAACGAAACAAUUGUGUCAAAUUGAUCCGUUACAAUUCCUCAUCCAAACGACUCCUAUUUUGGACAAUUAAAUAAACAUAGUAUAGAUAUGGUUGCUAUUUUGGAGACUCAAUUAAUAGCAAUUAAUGCUCCUGAAAUUCUUAGGAAACAUUUUGUCAAUGAUUAGGCUUAAAUCUUCAUUUGGGAGAGUGUGGUUGCUUUGGAAGUCUAGGUUGCAAGCUAUGUAGUCAAAAUCCUGAUUUUAAUUUUAAAAUCUUACGAUUUCGGAGACUCAAUUUAAUCCCGAUUCUCUUGCAAGAUUUCGUUUAUUUCUGAAACCUUCAGCACCACCAUCCCCGUCCUUUUAUCAAUCAAGAAGGAAAUGCAUCAAUCAAUGAAUUACCUUUUCCAGAUGAUGGUUAUCAAGGAAAUAUGUUCAAUGGUAAAAGUACUUUAAGUGAUCCUGGGAAUAAUGAUAUUAUUGCUCAAGCAAAUAGACAAGGAUUUUAUGAGGAUGUGAGGGUGAUGAUGUGUGAGGGAUGUUAAUGUUGAUGCUAACGAUCUUAUAUGAUUUUCUAACUAGAUUAAGUAAUUCUUAUGAGGUUUCAUGUUGUUUAUUUUUGUGUUUAUGUUAUGCACAAGAAUAAAUCUAUAAAUUUAUUUGUGUUUAUGUGUAAUAAACAAACCUAUCUUGGGAUAUAUUAAGUUCUAUGUGGUUGACUGUUAUACAGGAUAUGCGUUGUUAUUACUAUAUGGAGUUUUAGGGUUCAUUUAAUAUGAAUCUUAAAAUCUUACGAUUCCGAUUUUACUUCAGUUUUUUAUUUGAAGUAAAAUCUCUAUUUUGACUGCAUUGGUUGUAAGUGAGUAAAGUAGUAGUUGGUGAGCACUUUAUUGCAUCAGUAUAUAGUCCGAACAAACUGCAUGAAAGAUAAGCUUUAUAUGAUUAACUAUUUACUUCGUUAAUCUCUAGUAAAUUUUGUAUUUUCAUGUGACUUUAAUGCAACCGUGGAUGCAUUACUAGCCUAUAAAAUACUGAUGUAGUUAACCAAAGUUCUUUAUAGUUUAUACUUUAGAAAAUGGACUAGCCUAUUACCCGGCCCGUUGGCCGGAUUACUGUAUGUUAUCCACUUGUGGAAUAGGAGAGAAAGCAAGUGAGAGUGAAGGGAUUGGGAUUCCACUUGAUUAGGACCGACCCACUAAUCCGAUUCUUCCCGACCCGCCCCAACCUAAAGGGUCAGAAAGAGUCAAUAAGAAAAUACGAACGGAGAGGAUUAGUCAUACUCAUAUAUCUUGACUCUUCAGAAGUGGGUCAAACAGGAUCAAGGUUGGGUGAGGGAAAUUUUUAGCGCUAAGCAGAGUUCUUGGUUGAAUAACUUUACUUAGGCCUAGAAAUUGGUGCUGAUGCAGACUGCAGUUUUUAUUAUACCAUCAUCAAUCAUCAUUGAAUUAGUCCUGGGCAUCCCUCCCUGUUGUCGGUCUGAAUUCUAAUGAUGGCUUCGUUCCUUGCACCAGCCAUAUCAACGAGUUGUCAUCUCGAGCAUGAUUUGCCUAUGUACAAAUGAUACAAUUAGAGUAUGAAACUGAAUUCAAAGAAAAGGAAAAGAGAAUUCUAUCACAUGCCAAUAAAUACACACAUAAUAGUUGAAGCUAAGUGAAAGUCAUUACUCGCACAUCAAUUCUCAAAAAUUAAAGACUAAACAAUGGCUAGAAUGGCACUGAAACUACCAAGAAUCAUGGACGAAACAACUUGUCAAAUUAAAUAAUCCUUAUACUAAAACUAUCUUCUAAAUUGAAAUAAGACAUGAUCACAGUUCAUAGCUCUCUUCUCACUAUGAAUUGGUUGCAGCUCGUCCUUAUCAUUGCCUCCCAAGCUCAAUUCAAACAUAAUAGAGACCGUUAUGUAAGAUAAUCAUAUCCUUACUGAUCAUAAUUCCUUUCUUCACUCCAUUUUUGUCAGAGAAAAGAGUUACCCCCUCUCCUGCAUUUCCCUUUCCCCCUCUCUUCUCCCUCUUCUUCACAAACCGAUCCCUAAACCAGCAACAACAACACAAAAAUAGCCUUCGCCUCUGCCAUCUCCAUCUACUGAACGCGUGGUGGCAAGACAGGACUGCAGAAGCAAAAUUUUCUAAAAUCAAACUAAAUUUUUUGAAGGAGACUCAACCACGAAAAAAAAGUAAAGCAACAAUGCUAAUAGUUCAGAUGGUUGGUUUUGAUGUUAUACAUUGCUUUUGUUCUGGUCUCCAGAAUAUCAGCUGCAAUAGAGAUGUUUCCUCCAAUCAUCUUUAGUGCACGAUUUAGAAGCAAGUCCUCAUGUUUGUGUCAAACGGAUUCAUUCAUGGGUUCUUAACUCCCCUGUUAGUGUAAAAGCAGCAGCAGCAGCAGCAAAGAAGUUUGACAACACAGCAAACACCCAGGCAAAAUGAUACAAUGCAGUAGGUGAUAUGUGUCUCGAAGGUUUUGAGUUACUAAAGUUUAUGUUAAAAAUAAACAUGAAUUAAAAUGGAUUAUUUUAUUAAGCAAACAUCCCCUCUAAUCAUACAAAGAUCAGAUAUCCAAUUCAUAAACAAUUAAGCCAUAAAAAAUCAUCACAUCCACCACCUUUGAUUGCCUAAAUUUGGUUUUUCACAAAGUUAUGAACUUUUAAGGAUAACGUUCAUGGGUAGUCUGUUUCAUAACUCUAGAGAGCACAGUAAGUAGCCACCAGCCAGUCACAGUGCGGUAGGCGAAUAUGAUUCUCAAUUCACAAUUUCUCACCACCGGAAGUAAGAACAGACCAUAAUAAGCGUAGCGUUCAUGGGUGGUCUGUUUCAUAGCACCACUACACAAUUUGUUAAAAAGGAAAGAAAGGUAUUUAGCACCACGACGGAACAACUUUUACAGGCCAACAACGACAACAUGCUGCAACCACCAGAACUGGUAUCACAACUCAUAGGGAAAAUCAAAAGAUUUACUCUCAAAUUAAGCAGUUACAACAUCGAGCAAUUGUCAAGCACAUACACCAUCACAAAAGUCACGGAACCUGAUUCACAAAGCAUUCAAACAUUUGAGGACAUUUCUGCAAAGGUACAACUUAUAUGUCUUUUUUCCAAGCCAUUUCCAUCAACAUGCUAAUAAAUUUGCAAUGCAUAAAACAAACGGGCCAAAACUUGAAAUUCAGCCUGUUUGACCGACCCAUGCCAAAUUCUAAUUAUUCUUUACUUUUAAACUUUCUAUUUGAAAAUAAAAAAUAGUGAAAGAAAAGAGACGACUACAAUUCGCCAUUUGCACAUCACUUAUUCGGAAAUAAAACGAUAGAAAUUCAAAAGGAACUGAAAAUGUUUAGGAUCGUUAUAAUGUUUAAAAUAACCAAAUAGAUCUUUAUGUUUAGUUUUUUACUAACAAAUACCAAACGAUUCCCUAUAAAAUACACUAUAAUUUGAUCAUUAUGAUAUCAAAUAAUUAUAAACUAUAUAUUUGAAAUGAUAAAAAUUGGACUAAUUGUGUUGGUCGAGAUUGAACCAUUGAAUAAAUUUAAAAUACAUUUUAUUUUAGCCACUAAGAUAUAAAAUAAUAGCAUAAUAUAUAUUAUGCCAGGGAAAUUAGCUUGUUUUAGAAUGACAAACUAAUGAUGUUCAUUUGUUUUAGUUAAUGGCCAAAUCCCAUGUAGGUCAGACCCAUUCAACUCUUUUAUAUUAUGGUUAGCGGUUAGCCCAUUAGAUACCAUGCAUUAGUUUAUUGUUAAUUUUUUUAUUUUUAACAAUAAAAUGGAGUAUUAUUUUUUCCUUUUCAUAUAUAUUUUAUCACUACGGAGAAAUAAAAGGGCUUAAAGAAAAAAAAUUGACACUCCUGGACCCGUUUAAAUUCACAUGUGUACGGUAAGUUAUCCCGUUCCACAGAGGAAAGAGAAAAAAAUUGACACUCCCUAUUCUACCCUUCCUACAAACGCUCAUGGAGCAGGGAAUUUGAAAUGGGAGAAGGGUUUUUUCCUCCCUGCUAUUAUAUGUUUUUAAUUUAAAAAGAUACAACAAAUGUGCUUAGUGUGAUUGGUUAUUAUCCUUGCUUUUCUUUAAGAUGGUCAUGAUUCGAAUCCCAGUACGUGUCUUUUUAAUGAAUAAAAAAAAAGUAAUUGUGAAGACCAAAAUGUCCUUCCUACUUUCACUCUCGUUGCAGGAAAUUUGAAAUGGAGCUCCCGUUUUCCCCUUCGGCGUAUUAUAAGUAUAGUAGAUAGAUAGAUAGAGAUAGAUAGAUAGAUUAGUGAUAUGGGUUGUUUGAAGACAAGGUGUGGCGCUCAUGGUGUACUUGGCGGAAUAAGCAAGAUGAAAAACAAAUAGCCUGUUAUGCCACGAGGUGGGCAGCUCUAUGAAAACUCCGAGGAGCCAAAUGACACGAAACUGACACAGGGAGUGAGAAGAGGGAGAGAAACACUUCCCUCAUAUGGAGUCAGCGCUCGAAUGAGAAGACUUCCUCUCUGAAGCAUCUGUGAUGGCCAAUUGAGAAUUUUCUCAAAAUAAAAUGCCAAAGCAUUAUGAGUAAGUCACAUUUAAUAGAAAUCAUUAAUACCAUGAAUAAUUUACCAAGAACAAUUAACCUUAACUGAUAGACUGAUGAGGUCGAUUGCACUUCCUUCAUGUGUCUUAACUAUAAUAAGAUUCUCCUGCAAUGCAGACAACCCAAAAGGGAUCCAAAAAUGCUAGAAAUAUCUAAUCAAAGAUAAUUAAGUUUACCAUUAAGACUUAAUCGGAAUAUCCCGGGGUAUUUGACCACUAAGGCAUGUUGAUGGAAUCUUGUUCUGAAGUAACUACUUUACUUUAGCCUUUUAAUUAUUUCAAUUUAUGACGUGAUCAUUCUCAAUAAGAACAGUUACUAACCCAUACUUGGGCCUUUUUAUAAUUCUUUUAAUUAAAUUAUUAUAACUAAUUUUGUUUAUUUGCAAAAAGAUGUUUUCUCUUUCCGAACUUUGCGGAGCCCGGAAAUCGCCAGCGACUAGGGUUUUUCGUGCGGCUGCUUGAUGGCGGCGGCAAGCUCGCCAGCCCACUUGUCCCUCUCACCGGAGGAGACCAAACCACCGGACGGGUUAGGAGGAAUACGUCGACUCCCGGAGAACACUUCAUCCCCUGAAAAAAAGAAGGAUCGUGAAACACAGCAACCGAAAAGAGGGUCAGGCCUCUCGAUCUACAGGAGAAGCACAACAAAAUUAACGAGGUCGUAAUCGAGGACAUAACUGAGGUUGAGCUGAAAAAUAACACCAGUCAUGAUACUGUAGAGUCUAUGCAGGGAGAACAGAGGAAGGCCCCUCCACAAACUAAACCUAUGGCUUGGGGAGUGGAGAGGAUAAAGCUUUUCAGCGAAGUGGUCAGGGAGGAAACGUGGUAUGUAGGGGAGUCCGACUCGGAAGAUGGGGUACACGAGAUGAAAGAAGAUAUCCAGCCUGAGAAGACCUCCGAUGAGGACCCCCUUUGUCCGACUAUCUACUUCUCACCGGAGGAAUGGAAGAACUAUAGGCGCGAAUGGAGAGCGGCAUUAAUGCUUAAAGUCCUGGGACGCUCCUUUCCGUACCCGAUAAUGGCAAAAAGGCUGAACAUGCUGUGGGCAAAGAAUGGGACGAUCCAAAUAACGAAUAGACCGAAUGGUUAUUUCUUUGUUCGGUUCACGAGCAAGCUAGACUAUGAAUUAGUCCUUACAGGCGGCCCUUGGCUCAUCGGGGACAAUUACAUCACAACUCAAAAGUGGAAGAAAGGGUUUAACCCAAGGAACUGCACAAUAGACUCCACGUCCGUCUGGAUUAGACUACCAGAUCUACCCAUUGAGUUGUACCACCCUGAGGCAGUCCUGCGCAUUGCAAAGAAAGCCGGUACACCAAUUCGGGUGGAUAGAGCCACCGAGCUAGGGGCACGAGGUGUUUUUGCUCACGCAUGUAUUGAAGUCGAUCUCACCAGGCCGUUACUCUCAUAAUAUAAGGUGGAAGAUGUUGAGUAUGAAAUUAAGUAUGAAGGACUAGAGAACAUUUGCUUCGAGUGUGGAUCAUAUGGGCACGCUCGCAUACGAUGUCCCACGGUUCGCACUGAGGAAAACCCGAGUAAUGAAACAGACGACCCCGAUUUGAAGGGAUCUCAGAGGCACCCACAGCUUUAUGGGGAGUAGAUGAUUGCUAAGCGGAGAGAGCGCCGACCCAUUAAGAGAAUGGAUCAAGCAAAGAUGGGAGACCAGGGAUAGCGGAAUUCCAACGCCAAUCAAGCUCACUCUGGCUCACGUUUCUCGGUCCUUAACCAGGAAGAAGAAGCAACUGCAUCUUCGGGACACCAGGUAGCCCCAACCGAAUGCAGAAAGGAGAAUGCUCAUGAGGCCCGACCCCAGCAGAAGACGCAUCACGCGGCCACCGCUCUGAAACCCACCAUGUAUGGGUAGAGAAAUAAUCGUCACGAGAUGCUGCGAAAGACAAGAAAGUAGCUAAUGAUAUUGAGAGUACCAAGAAGCCUGGCUUGGAGACAACUCAAGUUGCUACGGGCAGUAAGACAAUUUCGACAUCUGUGAAUCCAAAAAUUUCGGCAGAACCUAUCGCACAAGUGUUUGAACAUACAACAGUAUCGAAGCCAAACAUGUCUAUCGACCAGACAGAGCGGGGGGUGGAAAUUAAUGCGGUCGCAGGGGUCACGCUUAUGGCCAUGCAAACCAUGCAAAACCUGCCGUCGUCAAAGGGAACUACCGAGAUGUGCAUGGACUCAGGAGACAAGAUGGUAGAUGGUGACUUGGAGAGCAUCCCCAUGGGGGUGCAUCCGACCCCCUCUUAACGUAACCAGUGGAACCCUACCCUUCCCAAGAGCCCGAUGGAUUUGAAAAUAUUCACGUGGAAUUGAGGGGUGCCGGAAGCGAUCGCUUCCUACGAGUCUUCAAAGAGUACAAGAGGAAACAUAAACCGCAUAUGGUGGUUAUAGUCGAACCUAGAAUCAGUGGAGAUAAAGCAACUCGAGUGCUAAAUCAAAUGGAUUUGGGUAAAUCUCUGGUGAUCGAAGCAGAGAGAUUCUCGGGCGGAAUAUGGCUGCUUUGGGACGAAUCUGUGGUGCAAGUUAUAGCAAAGGGCAUAACAAGUCAGAUGCUCCAUGUACAAGUGCAAAUGGGUUUGGUUCAAUUCCUGUUUACGGCAGUGUAUGGGCACCCAACAUUGAUCCAGCGUAGAUCGUUGUGGGAGUCUCUACGGUGGACGGUGGACGGUGGAGGAGGUUGACAUGGCGUGGCUGUUAGCGGGGGACUUCAACUCAAUGUUAAGCUCUUCUAUAAAAUUUGGCGGCGCGCCAUUCGAUGCUGGUAGAGUGCGAGAGUUUCAGGAUUGCCUUUUGGAUACCGGGUUAGUGGAUCUGGGUUUUGUUGGACCCCCUUCACAUGGUUCAGAGGAGGGACCAAGGAAAGGCUUGAUCGCGGUCUAGUGAAUAUCAGUUGGACUACCCAGUUCCCGUAAACUACAGUCAGACAUUUGCUGAGAGUGAAAUUUGAUCACCGCCCGCUACUGAUCUGGAUAAGCCCAGAGUUUGCAGCUCCAGGACCUCGGCCUUUUAAAUUCCUAGCCUCAUGGCUGACACACAAAGAAUUCCCUGAGAUGUUGAAAAGGCUUGGGAGAAGGUAAGCGACCUGAAAAGCAGCUCUGAAUCCUUUGCGAGGGAUGCGUCACACUGGAAUAAACAUACAUUUGGUCA